GCCAUUGGCAUUUAUUGUAGAAGCACCUUUAAGUUUUGGAAACUUCUAUUACACGCUUCUGAAAUCUAAUUUUUGAUAUAUUAUUUAUCACGAAUUUGUAUUAAAAUUAACAAUUUUUUAAUUACUAUUCUUUUAAUUAACUUCUGUUAACUUCCGUUCGAGUUGGAGUAAUAAACAAAGAACGAAAAAAAAAUGAAUAAAAAAGGAAAUAUGGCAAUAAAAUUCCAAGAUAGCAUGAUUCUGCAAACGAGAAAGUAUUUAAAACGUAAAAUAAUGUGUCCUGAAAUAAAAUACCGGCAUCAUGAAAAGGAACGUCAGUAUGUUUUGGAUUUAUUGAAACGCACUGUCGAAACGGGCGAGAGUAAUUCAGCACUUUUAAUCGGUCCCGAGGAUACUGGAAAAACAAUUCUUGUGAAUAGCGUUCUGAGGGAAUUGUCAAUUUCAAAAAAUUUCAAAGACAAUUGUGUAAUUGUCAAUUUACAUGGAUUGGUGCACACUGACGAUCGUUUGGCAUUAAAAGACGCGACACGUCAAAUGCAACUUGAAACUGCAGUUGGCGAAAAAGUAUUUGGCUCGUUUGCCGAGAAUUUGUCAUUUCUCUUGGACUGCUUAAAAUCAGGCGAUAAAAAACGGAGUAAACCAAUUAUUUUUAUUCUCGAUGAAUUCGAUUUGUUUUGCGAACACAAUAAUCAAACGUUACUCUACAAUUUAUUUGAUGUCGCACAAUCGGCACAGGCGCCAAUUUGCGUAUUGGGAAUAACAAAUCGUUUAGAUGUUUUGGAAUUACUUGAGAAACGUGUGAAAUCACGUUUUUCAUCGCGACAAAUAUUUUUACUACCCGACGAUAAUAAAAUUGAUUUAGAAUGUGGAACAAAUGAAAAACCAUUUGACGAUCGUUUAUUAUUGUUUAAAAAUCUUUUGUGUCUACCCGACGACGAGAAUGUCAAUGGAAUUGAACAUGAAUUCGAUGAUUGCUACAUUGACGCGACAUUUGCCAAUUCAUGGAAUGAAUCAAUAGCGAAAAUUGCAAAAAAUCAAAUACUCAUUAAUUUAUUGAAGUCAAUGUAUAAAAAUGAUACGAGCGAGAGGAAGUUUCGUAAUUUUCUUGUUAUCGCAAUUACAUAUUUGACCGAGAAUCAUCAGAAAUUGGAGAUUGAUGAUUUUGUCGAGGCCAGUAAGGUUUAUUUACAAGACGAUCGUGUCGCAAUAUUGAAGGGUCUCUCUGUUUUGGAAAUGUGCCUGAUAAUAGCAAUGUAUAAGGAAACAGAAUUAUGUAAAGACGAACCAUUGAAUUUCGAACAUGUUUACAAUUGUUACAAUUUAUUUGCUGCACAAAGUUCUUCUAUUCAUUCCGUCCAAAGGCCAGUCAUUGUCAAAGCUUUCGAACACAUUAAAAAUUUAGAAAUUCUGCAGCCAAUUGGAAGCAGUAAUUCACGAGUCGAAAAGGAAUAUCAAUUCUAUAAGUUUAUUUUAACUCCUCAGCAAGUGCUUGAUGCGGUGAAAAAUUACGCUAAUCUUCCAACUGAAGUUCAUCAAUGGGCUGUAAAUACAUACACAGCACGCUAAAAAUAUUUCAUUUCGCUUUUGUAAUAAUAUCUUUUCCAUUUCAUUAACUAGAUAUUAAAUUAGUACUUAGAGCAUCUUCCAUAAUAUUUUUAAGACUGAUUUCAAAGAAGAAGAAGAAGAAGAGAAAGAAUUUUUAAUCGACAAACUUUUAAAAACCGAAAAGUAAAUUUCGAAGUCCAGAGUCAAUUCUUCUCUCAUUGUACAGAAAAAAAAAAUGUCCAUGUUCUCCAAAAAAACAUGUCUUUUGAUAGUAAAAAAAAUAAUCCAUCUUUUCCGCUCUGUACAAUUUUUCUUCACACUUUUUAAUUCGAUUCAUUCAGUAAUAAGUUAUUUAUUGUCCUUAAAAAAUAAGUAAUUGUUAAAUUUCUUUUUAAUCUAGUCAGUAGAGAAUCGAUCGAGAGUAUUGUUGAUGUUUUUUUUUUUUUUUAGAAAAGAAAAAUUUGUAAAUGCGUGCGUGUUUGUUUCUGUGCAAAAUAUAGUCCUUUUAAUUUGAAAACAAUUGCACAGAAUUUUUCCAUAUCAAAGUAUUUGAUUUUUAGUAAUAUUUUAAAUUAACUUGGUUUUUUUUUCUAAACUUUAAGACUCAAUUUUUUUUUGUUUUUUUUUUCAAUAAAAGUAUAUUUCGGAAAGUUUAGAAAAAAAAUUUUUUUUUUCUUUUAAAUAAGACAAUUGUGUCAUUGUCCAAAUUUUUAUACAAUGAUUAAUUUUUAUAGCUCCGAGAAAUGAAUGUUUUUGAAAGAGGAAUUUUGUUCAAAAAAGAAAAUUUAGGGAGCAUGUCCAUUUAAAAAGAAGCAAAAAGAAUUGUUCGUGAAUGAACAAUUCGCAUUUAUUGUGAGAAAUAAAUACUAAUGUUUUAUUCAAGAA